UCUCGGGUCCUUAAUUAACCCCCGGGCUUCGGUGGUUAAGCUUAAAGCAAAUGUAAGAGCCUACGCUGUUCCAGGGCUUGCGUCGCAGCGUGACCCUUCCUCCCAGCCCCCGGGACCUGGACACGGCGCGCGAAACACGCUCGCUGUUCGUGGACCGAGUGGUGCCCGAUGCCCAAGGCCCGCGGGCCAGGUGCGCCGGCAAGGGUCUGGCAGGAGAGAACGGACUGUUCUUCCCCCUGAAUAUAUCGAAGUCAACUCCAGAGGUCGCCACUCGCGUGGUGUAGGGUCCCCCUGGGGCUGGACCCUGCAGGAGGCUGCCCUAUGGCGGGGACAGCGCGCCAUGAUCGAGAGAUGGCCAUCCAGGCCAAGAAAAAGCUCACCACGGCCACCGACCCCAUUGAAAGACUCCGACUGCAGUGCCUGGCCAGGGGGUCCGCAGGCAUCAAAGGGCUUGGCAGAAUGUUUCGAAUUAUGGAUGACAAUAACAACCGAACCCUUGAUUUCAAAGAAUUUGUGAAAGGGCUAAAUGAUUAUGCUGUGGUCAUGGAAAAGCAAGAGGCAGAAGAACUCUUCCGGAGGUUUGAUAAAGAUGGAAACGGAACAAUAGACUUCAACGAAUUCCUUCUCACGUUAAGACCUCCAAUGUCUAGAGCCAGAAAAGAGGUGAUUAUGCAAGCUUUUAGGAAGUUAGACAAGACUGGAGAUGGCGUUAUAACCAUUGAAGAUCUUCGUGAGGUGUAUAAUGUGAAACACCACCCUAAGUACCAAAAUGGAGAAUGGACAGAGGAACAAGUAUUCAGGAAAUUUCUGGAUAACUUUGAUUCACCCUACGAUAAAGAUGGAUUGGUGACCCCUGAGGAGUUUAUGAACUACUAUGCAGGAGUGAGCGCGUCCAUUGACACGGAUGUGUAUUUCAUUGUCAUGAUGAGAACUGCCUGGAAGCUCUAAAUGUUUCAAAAGAAGAAUUUUUGAACUAUUAUGCUGGUGUUAGUGCUUCUAUUGACACCGAUGCCUAUUUCAUUUUAAUGAUGACAAAAUCCUGGAGAUUAUGAAUUUCUGUCUAUUAAUUCUUUUGGAAAUCGGAGACUCUCAGAGAGUGGAAUGACUUUGAAAGAAGUCCAGUGCUAUAGAUUUUUGACAAGGUGUAAACUAAAGUUUCUGAAAGAUCUAGGGUUUUAAAAGCAAUAGAUCUUCAGUCACCUUACUUAAUGGCCUGGGACAUAUUCAUUUGCUUAAAUGCCUGAGGAUAUAUUUUUAAAUCAGAAAGAAAGGAAGAACUGAAGGAAGAAAGGAAGCCAUGAAGUGAGAUUGGAAAGUCGUUCUUAGGUGAAAUAAUGUACCCCUUGUUAUAGUCGUUUCUCUCACAGGGGUAAAUGUAGGUGUUUCCCCACACCUUUACUUAUUCUGUCUUUGGAGUCUUUAGCAGGAGGUGAUGAUGAAAAGAUUGGGGGAUCAUCUGAUUGUGUAAUGUUUCCGAGCUUACUUAUUUUAAUGUGUUUCUUGGCGAAUACAAAUAAAAUUUAUUUUAUUCUGAAA